AUGCAGCCUCCCUUGAAGCAUUCUGAAUCAUUGGGGAGGCAAAAUGAACUGAACAGAAGCUCUAGCAAAGUUUCGGCUUUAUUUUCUGGUACACAAGAUAAAUGUGCCGCUUGUAAAAAAACUGUGUACCCAUUGGAGAAGGUUACGGUGGAUGGUGAAAUGUACCACAAGAUAUGCUUUAGGUGCGUCCAUGGAGGUUGUAAACUUACAACAUCAUCCUACGCUGCAUUUGAUGGACGUCUCUAUUGCAAACCUCAUUUCUCUCAAUUGUUCAAAGAAAAAGGUUCAUAUAAUCAUCUCAGCAAAACUGCUUCAAUGAAGAAAAAUGAAAGUUUAAUCAAUAUUGAACAAGAAGGCACACUAUUUCUUCAGCUCUAG